ACCUGAAAACCCCUCAUUUUUCCAUUCCAACCUCUGAAACCCGCUCAUGACAAAAUAGAAAGUUGAAGUUGCAGUCAUGGACGGUCCGAAAUUCUUCCAAGCUUGGAAUAACUUCCUCGGCCUGUUUCAAGCUGCUAGUAAUGCAUCUGGAGAUGACGCUGACAAGCACAACGACGCUGGAAGCUCAGACGACGACUCGGAAACUCAUCUCCUUGACGAAGCCGACAAGCACAGCGACGCUGGAAGCUCAUACAACGGCUCGGAAACUCAUCUCCCUGACGACACUAACCCGACAGAGCCGGGCAACGGCACGCGCAGCAAUCCUACGCCCAGAGGCAAUGGUGGCAUUGCAGCAGCGUUCAACGUAUACUGCCGACAAGCAUUCAACUCUGUUGUAGUCAAAGUCGAGAUGGCUGUAUCACAGGUCAAAGACUACGUCAGCUCUGCUGUAUCACAAGUCAAAGACUUCAUCAGCUCUGCUGUUCACUCUAUCAAGGAAAAAGGCAUACUCGGCGCCGCAAAAGAGCUUGGAAAUUGGAUCAAAUCGCAUCCCAAAGAGACGGCUCUCAUAGUCGUACCCCUUGUUGCUAUGGCAAUUACAGCAAUCACCCUUCUCGCUAUCGGAUUUGGACCUGCCGGCGUCGCAGCUGGCAGCACCGCAGCUGUCAUUCAAGCGGGUAUCGGUAAUGUUGUGGCGCACUCUCUGUUUGCAACCUGCACAAGCGCGAUGAUGGGCGGCUACGGUGCUCCCAUCGUUUUUGGAGGUGUUUGGUUUCUGGCUACUGCGGCUACUGCAGCUGCAACUUCUGCUUGGAAGCGAUGGAAGAGCAGAAAUGACCGAAGCUUGGUGCUCUUGCCGCAAGUGUCACCAAAGGAUAUCUCGAAAAAGAUUGAGGACGCUGCUGAGAAUCUCAUGAUUGGGUGUAUGCUGGUAGCUGCCUACGUCACUUACCGCAUCAAAAUCCCGCAGAGCUCUACAGCUAAUGUCGAUACUAGAAAUGAUGAAUCCCAUCUACCUUUAGACUUUACGGACCUAGCACAUUUCAAUCUCGAUGUCAAUCUCGAUGAGUCUGCCGUAGCUACAACCUCCAGCACGGACACCCUGGAUUUCUACUUCCCGGCUAGUACGACCUGUGUCACGCCCUUGCCAGCUACACUGCAAAACUUUCCAGACUUCAACAGCCAGACAGCUCUCCAAAAGGCUCCAACGCAGUCGAAGAACCAGUUCUUGUCGAUGAACCUGUCCCCAUAUGCUAGGGCAAGGAUGAGUUAUUUCCUCGAGCACAUGCAGCUAGUACCAAGAACGAUGGUAGAGCAAAACUGCACACCAUGGAUGCACUCAACGCUCUACGAUGAUCACAUGCCCCGUUGUUUCCAAGAUGCUCACGCUGCAUGUGCUCUUUACAUUACCAAAAACGAGAUCAACGCUGAGCGCGUCGCAAACCAUAUCCGGAAUCGUGUUGAGGAGAUGAUCAAUCAAACUGCAUCCGAUGCACCAAUCGAGAUCCUUGCUCGAACACAUGCGAUCAUGUUGUACCAACUCAUGUUUGUAUUUGGCGGCAAUGUCAGCUUUUGGGCACAGGCCGAAGCCUUGGCAUCUCACCUGGAGGACAUGGGAGCGAUGCUGUUGCCAAUUGCUGCUGAGGAGAACGAGCAUGUGGGCGAUCUCCCAUUGUACCCUUCUACAGCUGCUCAUUCGGCCUGGCGAUCAUUCAUCUUCCGAGAGUCGGCGCGACGUACACUCCUGGCCGCAUAUCAAAUCACAGUAAUGUACACGGUCCUUAGCGGUCAGAUGAAAACUUGCAACCAAGAUACGGCACUCAAAUCUCGCAUCACGCUAUCAGCGCACUUGUGGAAAGCUACCAACGCCUUCGAUUUUGCCAUGAGUUGGAACGCAAAGAACCACUUCGUUGUCAAGGGAUUGGAUUUUACAAAUCUAUUGAAGGAAGCGCAGCCAGACGAUCUCGAUGUCUUUGGCAAUAUACUGCUCAUCUCUUUGCAAGGCAUAGAUGAUAUUCGUGCAUGGUACCACGUACGAGGCGGGACGCUGGAACUGCCCUAAAUCCAACGUCGCAUCCUUGCUCUGCAGUUCAAAUUAAUCCGGCAAUGUAAUCCGCACAAUCAUCAUUCUUAAAUUCACACCUCUUUCUAUCCCAUACGGCUAAUUGCAGUCAUGCGGUGCUUUAAUCAUUACUGCGCCCUUGCAUAUUGGAAGCCGGCAGCAGUGUUUCAAG